AUGGUUGUUGGUGAAAGUAGUAGUGUCGCAGAAUAUAGUCAUGUCGAAUAUGAUAGAGUUAAUGAUAUGGUUAAUGAUGCUUUUGGCAUACGAUGCAGGUUUGAACACGAGCAAAGUUUUGAGAAACCUCACAAUGAAGAAGCAAUGCGCUUCUAUCAAGAAUUAGAAGAGGCUAAUCGUCCACUUUGGAUUGGAUUCUUGCAAGCUGCUAUGGACUCAAUGAUUAAGCUUGUGGGGGAACUAGUUAGUCCGAAAUUCGACAUACCUAAGAGUUACUAUGAAGCAAAGAGAUCGGUUUCCAAAUUAGGAUUGUCGUAUGAUAGAAUUCAUUGUUGUCCAAACGGCUGUAUGUUGUUCUAUAAGAAAGAUGCUGAUUUAAAUGAAUGUAAAUUAUGUGGACAUGCGCGUUAUAGGCAGACACCUAGUGGGAAGAUGGUUCCAAUUAAGGCGAUGCAUUAUUUACCUAUUAUAGAUAGCAUAAAGAGGUUGUUUGCAUCGCCGAGUUAUCCUCCUCACAUGAGAUGGCACAGCGAAAAUAGAAGGACAACUGGUGUUAUGUGUCAUCCAUCGGAUCGAGAAGCGUGGAAACAUUUUGACAUAGCUUAUCCUGAUUUUGCUAGUGAACCAAGAAACAUUUGUUUGGGUGUAGUGACAUAUGAUAUAUCAACUAAGAGCAAUUUCAAUAUGCGUGCUUCUUUGAUGUGGACUAUUAACGAUUUUCCUGCGUAUGGGAUGUUGUUUGGUUGGAUGACUGCUGGAAAGCUUGCUUGUCCUCAUUGCAUGGAAAAUAGAGUUACCGUAUUGAAGGAUAAUCUUCUACAACAUAAUGUGAUGCAUAUUGAAAAAAAUUACUUUGAUAAUUUGUUCAACACUGUUAUGGAUGUUAAAGGCAAGACAAAAGAUAACCCAAAAGCUAGAUUGAACCUAAAGGAAUAUUAUAGGCGCCCUGAAUUGAACUUGCAAGAGUUAGCGAAUUAUAAAGUGUUCAAGCCCAAGGCUAGUUUUUCAUAUACUUUGGACGAGAAACGAGAGAUUUGUCAAAGGGUUAAGAAUUUGCAGAUGCCAGAGGGAUAUGCGUCUAAUUUUGACAAGCGUGCUGAUAUGAAUGACGGAAAAGGCGAUUGCCGCCUACUGAAAGAAUAUGGAAACCAAUCACGAGAGAUAAGUUUGUUCUUCAAGGAUUUAUGUUCUAACACUUUGACAGUAGAAAACCUUCAAAGAACGGAACAGAAUAUGCCAGUCAUUACAACUAAGCUCGAGAAGAUCUUUCCAUGUGGGUUAUUUGAUGUGAUGAAACAUCUUCCCAUUCGUCUUGUACAAGAGGUUCAAACUAGGUGGAUGUAUCCUUUCGAGAGGACCAUUGGCAAAUGCAAAAAAUUGGCUAAGCAGAGAUCUAAGAUUGAAGGGUCUAUUUGUGAAGCGCAUCUUGCAAAGGAAACAACGCAUUUAUGUUCAUAUUAUUUCGGAGAGCAAGUGUCGUGUAUGAGAAAUAAGUCCAACCGUAAUGAUGAGGGUGGAGUUGAUCCUAACUACCCACCAAUGUCCAUCUUUAAUCAACCAGGACGAGAUUCUAAAAAUCCUCCAAAACGAACCCUGAGUAGUAUGGAGAGGCAAUCAGCUGUGACACAUGUUUUGCUCAAUUGCCCUGAAAUUCAAGUUUAUCAAACAGGAGAACAUUCCCAAUUUGUGAAAGAUAUAUCUCUUGGACUGUGCAAUGAAGUUAAGACAAUGAAAAAGUACAUUGUGAAUGGUUACAAGUUUCAAACCGAAGAAGUUUCUCAAUAUAAGAAGACCAAUAAUAGUGGAGUGUGCAUUAAAGGCGAUGCGAUGGUGUAUUAUGCUCCAUAUCCUUUGCGUAGGGAUAAGGCUGAUUGGUGGGUGGUUAUAAAGACUAAGCCUGUAUUAAGUGUUCUGAUGGCAAAAGUCGGAGAAUUAGGUGAAAAUGCAAAAAGAAGUGGAGAAAAUAACGGAUCAACGAAGAGGCGAAGUGACGGAGCAAUUAGACGGGCCGCAAAACAUUCCCGCGGACCGUCAAAUUGA